AUGUCAGCUCAAGAUUACUACGGUGGUGGUGGAGGUGGCUACGGCCAGCAGCAACAGCAAGGUGGUGGAUCCAACCACGGCUCCAACCAGCCCAGCUACGACAACCGUGAUCAAUCGUACGGCCAACAUCAAGGCGGACAAUACGGCGGCGGACCUGGCCAAUACCCCGACGGUGCAGGUGGUCCCGGCGGUCCGGGUGGCCCGGGAGGUCCGGACGGAGAGCGUGGACUAGGCGCUACACUCGCAGGAGGAGGUGCAGCCGGCUGGGCCGCUCACACAGCUGGCAGCGGUCUUCUAGGCAGUCUAGCCAGUGCCGCUGCUGGCGCCAUUGGCGCAAACUUCCUCGAGCACAAGUUCAAGAAGCACAAGAAGGAGAAGAACAGGAAGCACCACCGCGACGGACGCCCUCGAGCUUUCACCGGCGACUCAACCAGCAGCAGUGACUCCGACUCUGGUGAUGAGCGACGUCGACGAAAGGACGAUGACUUGGCCUACGGAAAGUCUCAGUAUGACAACUCCUCUCGACAUGGACAUGGAGGCGGUUCUCAUGGAGGCUCCAGCUCAUACGGUGGAGGCGGCUAUGGUGGCCGAGAUCAGGGCUAUGGUGGUGGUCGGAGCUACGGUGGCCAGGGCGGAUACGGAGGUCAAGGCGGAUAUGGCCAGCAGGGCUACGGCGGUACCCGGUACUAA